AUAAAAUUAAAUCAAGCAAAUGUCAACAAAAGAUGUUGAAGUUUCCGAUGUAACACGUAUCAGAUAUUUUCGUACAAAUAAUCGUGAUAUAAAAAUAUCUAAAUUAGAUCCUAGACAAGGUAUACAACAUGAAAUUGAACAAGCAUUAGAAAAUAAAAAAAGUAAUCAAUUAAGAAAUGAUCAUCAAAGAGAAUUAUUAGAAAAAGGUUAUAAAUUACGUAAUAUUAUUGGAUCGGGUUCGUAUGCACAUGUAUUCCGUGCAAAAGAUUUACGACAAUCAAUGGAAGUUGCAUUGAAAUUAAUUGAAUUAGAUAAAUGUUCAAAACAUUAUAAAGAUGUUUGUUUACGUAAUGAAAUAUAUGUUAUUCGAGAAUUAUCACAUGAAAAUAUUGUUCAUUUUUAUGAAGCAUUUAAUACAAGUUUAGCAUAUGUUAUGGUUAUGGAAUUGGUUGAUGCUGGUACAUUUGCUGAUUUAUUGAAAAAAAAUGGUCCAGUAUCGGAUGAUCGUGCCCGACGUUUAUUUCGUGGUGUAUUUUUCGGUGUUGAUUAUAUGCAUCAAAAAUUAAUUGCACAUCGUGAUUUAAAAUUGGAAAAUAUCCUACUGAAUCGUUAUGGACAACCAAAAAUUUCCGAUUUUAGUCUUUCGCUUAUUUGGGAUGGUAAACGUUUAGCAACUGAUUGGUGUGGUACACCACCAUAUUUUGCACCUGAAAUUUUACAAGGGGUACCAUAUAAUCCAUUAGCAUAUGAUGUUUGGAGUCUUGGUGUUUGUAUAUUUAUAAUGACAAAUGAUACAUUACCAUUUAUGUUUGUUGAUUAUCAAGAAAUGUUACAAAAACAAUUAAAUCGUGAUUGGAAAUUUCGUACACGUUAUGAACGUUUUAUUUCGGAAGAUCUGAAACAAUUAAUUCGUGCAAUGUUAGAUCCAGAUAAUAGUAAUCGUAUUAAGAUUAGUGAUUUACUUCAAACAAGAUGGUUAAGGGCUAUUGUUUGAUUUGAUUAUCAUCAAAACAACAAAACAAACAGACGACAAACACACCAUCAUACACAAACACCGUGACAUACCGUACACAAACACCAUGACA